AUGAAAGUGAUCAUUCAAUUUCUGAAAGAGGCCAAUAAAGUAGAGGAUACAAAACAAUUUCUUGUUGUUCACAAUGAUUUACCCACGAAUGACUGGACAACACUUUUUGAUCUUCUUAAUAAAGACAGCUCCUAUCAUGGUGUGACUAAUGGACGAUCUUUCUAUGAACCAUGUCUACCCGCAAAUUCUCUCUCGAUCGGUUAUUCGUCCACUUCACUUCAUUGGCUUCCUCGUAAGCCAUGCAACAUAUCAAAUCAUUGUGCAUCUCUGUUUGCACAAGGUAACGAACUCAAAACAUUUCAAGAACAAGCUUAUCUCGAUUGCACUCAUUUUCUCGAACAUCGGUCACGUGAAUUAAUUCCUGGUGGUGUACUCAUUCUCCUUAUUCCCUGUGUUGAUGAUCAAGGAUCGAACGGUUUCGAUAUUCUCAGAGUACUUCUCUAUAAAUGUGCUCAAUCUCUACUUACUCCGCAAGAAUUACUUGAUUACACAUUUUCGAUACAUGCUCGUUCAUAUUCAGAAUGUAUCGAUGAUCAACUCUUUGCUCAUUAUUUGUUGGAAUUGAUCAAGUCUGAUUUUGGUUCAGUUAAAAUGCCUUUUAUCAAGCAAUGGCAAAACGAACCAAUGACACUAGAUGAAUUUGCUCGAUCGAUAACAUUAUACACUCGUAGUUGGUCUGAAUUGACACUCUUAAACAGGCAUUAUUGGUAA